AUGGUGUACAAAAUCAACAGAUGUCGAGUACAUUCCGGAAACACUCUGAGGGCUUCUAACUCAAGGUACAAUCGCGAGUACAGACGUCAAUCAUGUCUGGUAAGAGACUCACAAAAUGUUUCCAGGGAAACCACGAUUUUAGAAGAACUUGGGUUAGACGAGGACAAUGUUGCCUACUCACUGAACAAAACACAACGAUGGCUUGUACCACAGGUCCUAAAACACGAGAUUUUAACCGAAAACAAUGGCUCCGAGGAUAUCAAGAUAAGUUUAGUAGAAUCACACAAAUUAAAAAAGCAAGCAAAUUGUACGGGAUUUUAUUCAAACAAAGGAUUUCUACGUAGAAUGAUUCCGAGAGAUAAAACCUACUUCAAUGCUGGGAGUGUGCUUGGAAGCCAAGCGGAGACCACAAACCCGCAGGUGACCGUGAACAUCCUGUAUCCGUGCCCGGAAACCAGCUCUAUUACCCACAAUCCUAAGUACUUGCGAGUUGCGGAACAAACAUCUGAAAAUGUUGAGCCUGAUUCUAAUAACAAUACACAGAGGUUAACCAAUCCCACUAAACGUAAAUCAAAGAGACAUCGUAGGAAAACAGGAACAAAGCAAAGACUAAAUGAAUAUUUGGACGAUGUGGAAUAUUCAGAUAAAGAUGACUAUGAGCUUGAUGACCCCUGUACGACUGAUGACGUAUGUGCAAGGUCAAAUGCUGUGUCUGUUGGAGAUAUAUUACAUCAUUCCAGACUAGUGCAAAAUAUCCUAAGUGAAACAACAACGAGAAAGCCAGCGCCACACUGCAGUGACUUCAAAGACAGGAUAGUGUACAUGGACAAGCCUGGAGAUGAAGCAGAGAAAAACGAUACACAAAAGAUAUUUUACCAGAAAAAGGGAAUCCCGAAAGCAUACGAUGUAAAAGUAUACAUUCCAUACAGUGACGUCAUUCCAGAAAGACUUUCGGUCAAAUACGGCAAAAAUUAUACAGAAUGUCGCUGCUACCCGAGAAAAUUCAUCAUUGACAUCACCAAAAGAGUGAAAAGAACAAUUCUUAAUUCGAAAGCAUUCUUCGAUAAGGACUUACAAUGUGUUGAUUUCUCAUCUGCACUAGUCUUUGUAUAUGAUAUGUUUGAUGGACUAGACUGCGCAGAAUUAGGUCUAUUUAAAGUCUUCCUCAACAUGAACACGACGCCAAACGAAAGACAGAUCUGUACCCUCCUGGAGAAUGACGUCUUUGAUAUUGACGUCGUAAUAAACAGGGCUAUAUCAUACACUGAAACUAUCCCUUAUGAUCAAUUUGUCCACAAACUACCACCUUACAGAUGCAGUGAUUCUUCUGCAACAUAUUUCGAAAUUUUGAAUGAGGGUUUAGGAGCAACAAAAACAAUCUAUACCUCCAACGGUACAGCUGUUCAGGACAUUAUUCAUAAUACCGAUGGAGCAGCGAUGUCUGAAGCACUUCAUCCGUUUCUAGGAGUCAUAACAUUGCCUCCUGAAAUUUGCUCUGUCUGUUUUGACGCCAUUUUGGAUAAAUCGGCGACAGCUUUGCAAACUUGUGGACAUUGGUUCUGCAAUUCAUGCUGGAACGAACAUUUGAUCGCAUCAGUCAAUGGCAUGUCAGGAAGUAUCACGUGUCCUGAAUACAACUGCCAAUCAAAAGUCGACUUUAACAUCCUCUUGACGACGUCGCCUUUCAAUCUCGUAGAACGUGUUUUCCGCCGAAAUCGCGAUAGGAUUAUUGAAAACGACACUGAAUCAAAAUGGUGUCCAAACAAACACUGUGGACGGGUUUUGAAGUAUAAGAAAACAAGGGCAGAAAAAGGUUCAAACGUUACUUGCGACUGUGGAACACAGAUGUGUUUUGAUUGCCUACAUUCUGCCCACUGGCCGUUGUCAUGUGACCAAUACAAGUCUUAUGCCGACCAAUUACAUAAAAACGGAGACGACAAAUUCUAUCUCACAGCAUUGCCCGAACAAUGUAUCAAUUUCGUACGGGUAAAGAGAUGUCCAAAUUGCGGGCGUUUUAUCGAGAACGGUGACGGAUGUGCUUAUAUGCCAUGUGUUUGUAAUAAGGCCUUUUGUUGGGGUUGUGGAAAGUCUUUUUCAGGUCACGUGUUCACACUUUCAUGCCUUGCGAAAGGCGGAACCAAAAUGGCCUUCGUCGAACUAGCAGAUGAAGUGAAAUCCACUGGAGCUUCUUCAAAUGCUUACAAACAUGCCGUUAAAAAUCGAUUUCUUCGCCAACCACAAAACCUCAGACAAAUGGCAUCUGCCGUUCACGAGAUUUGCCGGAAACUCACGAAUUUGAAUCGUCGUUAUGGCAAUCGUAUCGGUGGUGAGCUGGCGGAGUUCAAAGUGACCAAGUCAAGUAAUAAGCUAUCUGUGAGAGAGAAAUUUGCGCCAUUCCUUCGCAGUAUGAUUCGUGUGUACGCCGAAGUAUCUCACAUCACAGAAUUCACGACAAUCUUCUUGGCAAAUGUUGACUGCGAGGAGAAGAUUGGAUCUCCAAAACAUGUCGUGUCUUCAAUUCUUGCGCGUUUGGAAGGGCUAGGAGAGGAAAUAAUGCUUAUUUUCCGUUUAGCUAGUCACCAAGAUUCCAGGAAUUGUAUUUCCCAGUUGUGGCAGGUGCGCUUCCAAUGUAGGAAAGUGAUUAACAGUUUGAUCAGAAUGACUAGUCGUUGA